CUGUGUGCAUGCACCACCUGCGGACAGGCCAACUUCACAUGUGAAACAGAUGGGGCUUGCAUGGUUUCCAUCUUCAACCUGGAUGGGGUGGAGCACCAUGUGCGCACCUGCAUCCCCGAAGUGGAGCUGGUCCCUGCUGGAAAACCUUUCUAUUGCCUGAGCUCAGAGGAUCUGCGCAACACCCACUGCUGCUAUUCUGACUUCUGCAACAAGAUCGACCUCAGGGUUCCCAGUGGUCACCCCAAGGAGCCUGAGCACCCUUCCAUGUGGGGUCCUGUGGAGCUUGUCGGCAUUAUUGCUGGCCCAGUCUUCCUCCUGUUUCUCAUCAUCAUCAUUGUCUUCCUUGUCAUUAACUAUCAUCAGCGUGUCUAUCACAACCGCCAGAGACUGGACAUGGAAGAUCCCUCCUGUGAAAUGUGUCUUUCCAAAGAUAAGACACUCCAGGAUCUUGUCUACGAUCUCUCUACAUCAGGGUCUGGCUCAGAUAAUGGAACCUGGACACAGCUGUGGCUUGUCUCUGACUAUCAUGAGCAUGGCUCCCUGUUUGAUUAUCUGAACCGCUACACAGUGACCAUCGAGGGUAUGAUUAAGCUGGCCCUGUCUGCAGCCAGUGGUUUAGCACACCUGCAUAUGGAGAUUGUGGGCACUCAAGGAAAGCCUGGAAUUGCUCAUCGAGACUUAAAGUCAAAGAACAUCCUGGUGAAGAAAAAUGGCAUGUGUGCCAUUGCAGACCUUGGCCUGGCUGUCCGUCAUGAUGCAGUCACUGACACCAUUGACAUUGCUCCAAAUCAGAGGGUGGGAACCAAACGAUACAUGGCUCCUGAAGUACUUGAUGAAACCAUUAACAUGAAACAUUUCGACUCCUUUAAAUGUGCUGAUAUUUAUGCCCUUGGGCUAGUAUAUUGGGAGAUUGCUCGAAGAUGCAAUUCUGGAGGAGUCCAUGAAGAGUAUCAACUACCAUAUUACGACUUAGUGCCCUCUGACCCUUCCAUUGAGGAAAUGCGAAAGGUCGUUUGUGACCAGAAGCUACGCCCCAACAUCCCCAACUGGUGGCAGAGUUAUGAGGCAUUGCGGGUGAUGGGGAAGAUGAUGCGGGAGUGCUGGUAUGCCAAUGGCGCGGCCCGCCUGACUGCACUGCGCAUCAAGAAGACCCUCUCACAGCUCAGCGUGCAGGAAGAUGUGAAGAUCUAACCUCCUCCCCUUCCAUGCAGCCUGGGCGGCAAGGAUGACACGCAGCUGCCGUGUUGAGCGUACAGUGGAGGCCUACCUCUCGUUUCUGCCCAGCCCACUGUGGUCAGAGCCCUGGCCCGCAACAGGGACAGAGCCCGGGAGACUCGCUUGCUCCCCUGUUGGGUUUGAGACACAGAUAACCUUUUUUAUUUACCUCCUGAUGGCAUGGAGACUCUGAGAGUGAAUCAUGUGGAGAACUCAAUGCCACAACUCGAACUGGUUGCGGUGGAAAGUCCACAAAACCCGGUGCAUCUGGCACAUAGCCAGGAGUAGUGAUAGAAUGGCCUGCAAGGGGCCAGGAGGAGCUGCACUGUGGCCAGUGCUAAGUAGCACUGCAGGUUUUCCUCCAGGGACCAGCCAACAGUACCCCAAGGUAUCCAGGGGAACCGAAGUACAGCCCCUGUCACAGGCAGCUCUGAGCUGUGUGCUCCCCUCCUCACAUGGACAUCUGGAGGAACUGCCAGUGGAGUCACCUGCCAGCUGUCUGUCCAGCCGCGUGUGCAUGUGCCGAGGGGACCUUCUUUACCCAUCCCUGCUGACCUCCCACUGACCUGCCAGCCCUGCAGCAGAACCUUGGCGUUACAAGUGAUGAUGAACUUAAGACUCCACUGCCCUGGUCACAGCUAGCCUCUGGGAUCCGCCAAUGUGAGUCCACCCGGUGACUUCAAAGUCACUAGCCCACUCCUUGGGGCCCCUGCUGUUCUCCCGUACUAUUAACGCCCAGUGAGAGUUGGGAAGAGCUGAAGCUGUGGCUCUGGCACUCUGUGGCGUCACUGAGGCCAGGGCUGUGCGCACCUCUGGAUUCACAGACGGAGUCCAAGCCCGUUCCCACGUCGCCAUCGAGGCCCCGUGCGGCAUUCUCGGUACUUCUGUUUGUUUUUGUACAUUUUAUUAGAAAGGACUGUAAAAUAGCCACUUAGACACUUUACCUCUUCAGUAUGCAAAUGUAAAUACAUUGUAAUAUAGGAAAUCUUUUGUUUUAAUAUAAGAAUGAGCCUGUCCGAUUUCUGCUGUACAUUAUUAAAAGUUUUAUUCACAGAA